AUGGCCGCUGGACAAUAUAGCGAGAACUCGACUGAAAACCAAUCCAUGUCUAUGGCAGCAGAUUUGACUCCAGGCUUAUACGAUGGCACAUCAAGCGAAUCCUCAGCAAGUUCGCCUAUGAACAAUACUAAUUUCGACAGCUGCUACAGCGGAAACGGCUACAUGGCAUAUCCGGCAUAUUCGAUGCAAUAUCCUAUGCAUAGGGAAGGUAUAGCGCCAGCAGGACUUAUACCGGUUGAAUUGAAAAUUGAAGGCCUCUACGAGGACUAUGAUCGGAGACGAAAGAAGGACGGAAACGAGAAGAUCGUGUCAGGCCAUGUACAUUCGAGGCGGAGGGCACAGAACAGAGCCUCGCAGAGAGCCUUUAGAGAUCGGAAAGAAAAGCACAUGAGGGAACUCGAACAACAACUAGGCGAACUCGAGGGUCGACACAAUGAUCUUUCCCAAUCAUUCGACUCCCUUCAAGUGGAAUAUACAAGCGUGAAGCACCAACUGGAAGGACUACGGGAGGAGAAUGCUAGACUCCAAGGUUCUUCGAGGAGUUACCAAGCCAAGGAAUACGAGGAACCCAACGGCGAGAUACUAGAUCCGCUUCUGUUUGAUGUGUCGGCAUUUUGCUUCGAACAAGAGGAUCUACAAGACCACACCGUCUGA